GGCAUCUCGACUCGUCAGUCUGUUUGUGUUAAACUACUGAUGUAACUGAAAAUGCUUCUUAUCGUAAGAUUAAUACGUUAAUGUGGUGUAACUGUAACUAGAAAAGCUCCUUGACUUUAAGAAUCGGUGGUCGAUUCUUGUUUUCGCUUCAUGCUUCUCAGAUUUCCUUCUUUUAAAGCUCUUUGCUCGUGAUCUGCACUAUGCUCACUGCUGCGACGGUCUCUUAAAUCGCGACCCUUCCCAGCGCUGCAUUUAGGCGGAGUGGUACCGACCGUGUCGCCAGCUCUGCUCCCACUGCCACAGGAGUGAUGGACUACCGACACAUCGCCAGCACCGUAGCUGAAUGUCUGCUGAGCUACAGCCGGGACGAAAGCGGGUGGAAGGCGUGUAAGAAAACGAGUGAAGUAUCCGUUUUUUGGAAACCAUCCACUGAGUUUCCAGGAAACUUAUACAAGGGUGACGGAGUCAUUCCCGCCAGCCCAGAGGUUGUAUGGGAGUGUUUGAAGCCAGUUCCAAAUGGGCUAAGAGUGCAGUGGGACAGCAACAUCAACCAGUUUGAUCUGAUUGAAUCCAUUGAUGAUUAUGUCUCAGUCUGUAGAACUGUUACUCCUUCAGCAGCCAUGGGCUUAAUCUCUCCAAGGGACUUUGUGGACGUCGUUUUAGUGAAGCAGUAUGAAGAUGGAACAUUUUCUUCGAAUGCUACCCAUGUGGGUCAUUCUGAGUGUCCACCUCAGCCGGGCUUUGUGAGAGGAUUCAAUCACCCCUGUGGCUGCUUCUGUGUCCCCAUCCCUGGGGAACCAAGCAAGACGCAGCUCCUAAGUUUUUUCCAAACUGAUCUGGGAGGCUUCCUUCCACAAUCUAUAGUGGAUUCCUUCUUUCCUUCCAGCAUGACGGAAUUUUAUAAAAACCUGAAGAAGGCAGCGAAAUCUUAUCAAGAAGGGUCCCAGUGAGAUGAAGAGUUAACGAAAGAAGAGGACGAAAAGCAAAAUGAAAGGAGUGCGCCAUAAAGAAGGCACAAGUCUAGCACUUUCAUUUUUAUUGAUCUUGAGGUUGUCACACCAAACAACAGUCGGGCAGCGUCGUUCUCUCACCGUUCUCUUGUUAAGUACCGUUCCAUCAGCAGCUCAAAUCACGUUGCCCACUUCUCCUAAUCUGACGCAUUCCUAAUGUUUUAGUCCUAAAACUGAAUGGCGUUCUGUGUAAGGGAUGCUCAGUAGUGCCCACAGGGAUGGGCACUUCCCACUCAAAGCUGCUCCUGAAGCCCGGCUUCCAUCCAUCCAUCCAUCCUUCCAUUUUCCAAACCCACUUCUCCAGAGUAGGGUCACAUGACAGCUGGAGCCCAGUUUCCAAUUGAAGAAACCUGGCAUGGCAUCCAGAUGUAGCACCACUAUAGGCCCGAGUAGGCCCAUGCCCACCCAUGGAUCUAACUGGCUAAAUUUAAUCUUUUAAUAUGCCCUGUCUCAAUCAAAAAAUCAAUUAUCUGUAAGCCCAUCCAUCCAUCCAUUAU